GGCGGAGAAGGUAUCUCUUUCCUCUCCAACAUCAUCUCCACUUUGCAUCUGUCUCUCUCGGUCUGCUUUUUUUCCACCGAUGUAACAGCCCUGGAGCCAGCAAGACUCAGAGGAAAGGACUUAAUCAGGUUUAUGUGUCCUAAAGGUUAUGAAGACAGCAUGGAGUUUCCAGACCAUAGUAGACAUUUGCUGCAGUGUCUGAGCGAGCAGAGACAUCAGGGUUUUCUUUGUGACUGCACUGUUCUGGUGGGAGAUGCCCAGUUCCGAGCGCACCGAGCUGUGCUGGCUUCGUGCAGCAUGUACUUCCACCUCUUUUACAAGGACCAGCUGGACAAAAGAGACAUUGUUCAUCUGAACAGCGACAUUGUUACAGCCCCAGCUUUCGCUCUCCUGCUUGAAUUCAUGUAUGAAGGGAAACUCCAGUUCAAAGACUUGCCCAUUGAAGACGUGCUAGCAGCUGCCAGUUAUCUCCACAUGUAUGACAUUGUCAAAGUCUGCAAAAAGAAGCUGAAAGAGAAAGCCACCACGGAGGCAGACAGCACCAAAAAGGAGGAAGACGCCUCAAGUUGUUCGGACAAAGUCGAGAGUCUCUCGGAUGGCAGCAGCCACAUGGCCGGCGACCUGCCCAGCGACGAAGAUGAAGGAGAAGACGAGAAAUUGAACAUCCUGCCCAGCAAAAGGGACUUGGCGGCCGAGCCUGGGAACAUGUGGAUGCGAUUGCCCUCGGACUCAGCAGGCAUCCCCCAGGGGGGCGCAGAGGCAGAGCCACACGCCACAGCAGCUGGAAAAACAGUAGCCAGCCCCUGCAGCUCAACAGAGUCUUUGUCCCAGAGGUCUGUCACCUCCGUGAGGGAUUCAGCAGAUGUUGACUGCGUGCUGGACCUGUCUGUCAAGUCCAGCCUUUCAGGAGUUGAAAAUCUGAACAGCUCUUAUUUCUCUUCACAGGACGUGCUGAGAAGCAACCUGGUGCAGGUGAAGGUGGAGAAAGAGGCUUCCUGUGAUGAGAGUGAUGUUGGCACUAAUGACUAUGACAUGGAACAUAGCACUGUGAAAGAAAGUGUGAGCACUAAUAACAGGGUACAGUAUGAGCCGGCCCAUCUGGCUCCGCUGAGGGAGGACUCGGUCUUGAGGGAGCUCGAGCGGGAGGACAAAGCCAGCGACGACGAGAUGCUGACCCCCGAGAGCGAGCGCGUGCAGGUGGAGGGGGGCAUGGAGAGCAGCCUGCUGCCCUACGUCUCCAACAUCCUGAGCCCGGCCGGCCAGAUCUUCAUGUGCCCGCUGUGCAACAAGGUCUUCCCCAGCCCGCACAUCCUGCAGAUCCACCUGAGCACGCACUUCCGCGAGCAGGACGGCAUCCGCAGCAAGCCGGCCGCCGACGUCAACGUGCCCACCUGCUCGCUGUGCGGGAAGACUUUCUCCUGCAUGUACACGCUCAAGCGCCACGAGAGGACUCACUCGGGCGAGAAGCCCUACACCUGCACCCAGUGCGGCAAGAGCUUCCAGUACUCGCACAACCUGAGCCGCCACGCCGUGGUGCACACCCGCGAGAAGCCGCACGCGUGCAAGUGGUGCGAGCGCAGGUUCACGCAGUCGGGGGACCUGUACAGACACAUCCGCAAGUUCCACUGUGAGUUGGUGAACUCCUUGUCUGUCAAAAGUGAAGCACUGAGCUUGCCUGCUGUCAGAGACUGGACCUUAGAAGAUAGCUCGCAAGAACUCUGGAAAUAAUUUUAUAUAUAUAUAUAUAUAAAUAAUAUAUAUAUAUACAUAUAUAUACAUAGAUCUCUAUAUAGUUGUGGUACGGUCUAAAAGCAGUCUUGUUUCCUGGAACUAAAAAGUUGGGAUAUUAACUUGUUUUUGCACUUUAGAAUAGCAUGAAAAUCUUACUAAUUUAGCAUACUGAUAAAAGAAACUUUUAGGGCAAGUUGGAGAAUAGAGAGGUGUUUUUCUUUGAGGGCGUAGGGGAAGUAAGCCAAUAAGAACCUUUGAAACAAAUCGUCCUGUCGCAAAAUGCUUUCUUAGGGCUUAAUUUUGUCAACAUUGCCUUGUCUUUGGAGCUCUUUUUCUCCCCACUUUUUUUUUUCCCCCAAGUAGAAAUUCCCUCCAGUUUUAUUAGCCUCUUUAUAUGUCUAAAAUUGCAUGAAUCUUUUCUGGCUGUUGGAAACCUGAAUGCUUUUAGACCCAAAUGGAAAAUUUCUGAAAUGCUGGAUUAUCUAUUUUUAAACAAGCAGUUGACUUAAAACUUUCUGUGGCAACUUCUGGUUUUCUGACGGUUCCCAACGAGAGAAAUUAUGAACGUACACUGGGAUCGCUGGGGCGCUGUCUUUGUGAAGGUUUGCUCGGGAUGAGGAAGGAUAUUGCAGCUUCAGCAGUGUCGAACUGUGUGUUGAAAAAUGUGAAUUACUGUUCUUGUAUACUGUAAUUGAUUACAUGGGCUGGGGGGGUGUCAAAGAACUUGACAGGUUGUAUUGAUGCUCUUAGUUGAGUCUUGAAAAGUAAAUAUUAACGCUACAGAAAUGCAUGAGUUUCAAUAUAUUUUUGUCUUUGUUUGCAUUGUAUAACUUUAACGAGUGAGUUUAAAAUUAUUUAAUUUCCUUAGAAAAAUAGCACCACUUGGAAAAAAAACUGGUGUUAUGAAGAACGUAAAUGCACUGUUUUUACUUUUAUUUUAUAUAAUUUAAAUUGACUUUCCCACUGUCUUUAAGUUGAAACUGUUAAGCUGAAUAAAAACUUAAGCUGCAAAUUGAUAACUUCGCUACAUAACAAGGAGAAUAUAAAUGUUUACAAACGGCUUAAAGAUUUGCAUGUGCAGUGUGCAUUUAUAACUGACUUCAAAUUGCACAGAACCCGUGCCAGCUCAAAGUUUAGGUGUACACAUUUACCCAGUUGAGCAUUUUUAGAGUAACUACUGCACAAAUUGACAAUAGGUCAUUCUUUUAUUUUUUUUUUUCUUUUGCUCCCCUUUUCUUUCUCUCCCCUUCUUCCUUCCCCACCCUCCCUCUCCCACCCUCCACCCCCCACCCCCCAACUCAUGAAAAGAUUCUAUGGACUGAAAGAGCCCCAGGCUGAAAGGACUGGAUUGCCUUGAUUGACAGGGGGAAGGGGGUUAGUAGACUAUGUGGAUCGCGGCAGCAGAGGCUGCAGCCCGGCGUGCGGUGUGAUGACCGGCACACGGGGCGAGAGCAUUUUGCACAGUGUUUGCUUUCCUGUCUUGCACUUACAAAUAAGGUCUAUGGGAGUAGCAUGGAAAACGUUUGCUGUUUUUCCCUUUUUUUUUUAAUUGCUUUUGUUUAAAAUUUGAUCGCCUUAACUACUGUAAACAUAGCCUAUUUUUGUGCUUAAGAUACUGAAUGGAAAACUCCAUUGUGUGUUGCUGGACUGUUUUGGAAAUAUUUGGUCAAACGUGUGUUAAUUUGGCUGUAAUGGCAUUUAAAGCAAACAAACAAACAAAAAAAGCUGUGAAAAUGGCCUUGGAGCAUUAUCUUUAGUUACUUGAAGAGUUUCUAGUUGUUUCGUUUUUUUUAAAUACAGUUUAUGUUAAAAUAAUUUUUAUUAAUUUAGAGAAGACAAUCAAUGUCUGUGAAAAAACGGACUUUCUUUUGGGUUUUCUUUUUGUGGUCAUUGUGAGUGAUUACUUUUCCUUUCAUUAGUUUCACAUUCUUCCUUUGUUCUAAAACUUAGACUGACACCUAGCUUUGACAAUCAUAGUAUGUCUUAUUUUCCUGAGGGGGGAAUAACUUAUAAUGCUGUUUAGUUUUGUACUAUUGGUGUGUUGGUGAAUUUUUAAACUGUGUGCUAACUGCAAUAAAUUAUAUGAACUCAAA